GUUGUUGUUGUUGUUGUUGUAUUAUUGUUCAGUAAUAAAACUCCUCCUCUUUGUGCUCCAGCGAAAAACAAACGCCAACCUGUUGUUUCUGAUCCGGGAUCAGCUCUGCCGCUCUGCUCGUGCUUGUGAGAGCCGGGAGCGCGCUCUGUUGAACUGAUCCCGGGUCUGCUCCUCCUUCUGCUCCUCCUCCCGCUGCUCCUCCUGCUUCUCCGGAGUGUUCACGCCGCCGCAGGCUGCUCCUUCCACUCCGCCUAAGGAGCUCCGUGAGUCCUCGGAGCCCCGCAGCCCCGCAGAUCCCGCAGAGCCGCCCGGAGCUCCGUGAGACGCGGACCCGCCCGUGUAGACGCGUCCGUGCCGGGAAUGAUGCGCGUUUCAGCGGGGAGUAAAUCCGGACGGGCCUCCUCUCUGUCGGUAAACUUUUCGGCGCUCCGGUCGUCAGCGGGACUGAGUCGGUAAUGAGCGGUUCGACGGUCCUCUUCGUCCCCGUUUGGAGCUUUUCCCGCCGCAGUUUACCGACUCUUUCCUCGGUGGAAACUUCGCCGCGAGCUAACGUUAGCUGCUAGCUAGUUUCUCGUUGUUUUGAAAAACUUGACGCGGCGGCGAUGCGGUUAGCACGCGGCGGCUAACGUUAGCUGCUGGCUAGUUUCUCGUUGUUUUAAAAAACUUGACGCGGCGGCGAUGCGGUUAGCACGCGGCGGCUAACGUUAGCGGAGCGUGUUUUGUUUGUUUGUUUACCAUCUCAGUCCGCCGUUAACGUGAGCGCAGCCGUUAAUGUUGUGACCGGAGCUGUUACCGUGAGCACAGCCGUUAACGUGAACCAGCAGCCGCCGCCGCGCGGUCACCGGUCCGACAUGCCGCAGCUAGCCGGGGCGGACGGAGACGACCUGGGCGCGAGCGACGAGCUGAUCCCGUUCAAAGACGAAGGGGAGCAGGAGGAGAAACGGAACGUGUCCGCACACCGGGACCUGGACGAUGUCAAGUCCUCUCUGGUCAACGAGUCCGAGUCCAGCUCCGACACGGAGGCAGACAGACGUCCGAAGACGAACGCGGAGCUGCACAGCAGGGCCACACACACUCACCUGUUUGAAGAAGGUAAUGAAGUCACUCGUGUGUUAAACCUGCCGCUGAGAGGAAGUGAGAGAAUACGGAGGAUUAAAACCCCACCGACACAAAUCUGACUGACGUCGCUUUUGUUCACACAAAAAACAAAAAAAACAAAUUCAAGUGUUGUUUCUUUUAGUGAAUCAGAAUCAGAAAAAGAUUUA